AUGUACAAGCUCGCCAUUCUUCAAUUUGGCUCUGACAUGACGCAAAAUGAGCGCAAGGUUGACCUAGCAACACACACGGGCAGUUUGCAGAAUUUGGAAGAUGUUGUCAAGAUCGCCCAAAAGGACUAUGAAUCAUCCCGAAACAAGAAGGCUAGAAAGUGGCUAGAGCGAUUCUCGAGUCGCUUGAUUUACUACGGCAAUAUCUUUGACAUUCUAGCGCAGCACCAUCCAGAGUAUGUAGCUCUGGCUUGGGGUGCGAUGAAGUUUCUCUUCGUACUCCAGUUUGACAUGAGUCACUAG